CCUACCGUAAUCGCUAUCUCAGCCGCAAUCCAUAACGCUUCCCAGCAUCUCUCAUCCUAACCUACCUCUACCCCAUCACAUACAGCCCACAACUCGCUAUCACGGCCCCGCACCCGUAUCCCCCCCCGAUCGCGACCGACAUAGACAUAUUCCCUACCCCGCCGACAAAACUAUCGCCCAUCUCCUACGCCUUCUGAAUUCUCCAAUAUUCAGCACUUUCUCUGAAUUCGGUACAAGAUCCCCGAACUUGAAAAAGCGAAAUCUCAAGCCACCACCCUGCCCUGGCGUAUCCACAUAUCAGACAUGUCCCCCUCGGGGGAGCGAAAUUCCCCGCAGAUGUUGAAUCGGACACGAAAAUUUGGAACUUUUCUCUUGACACAUCCUUUUCUCCUAAACCCCAAACCUCCUUAAAUCUAGACUCUAAACCAAUAGCAGGUUUACUGACUAACUUGCGAGCGGGUAUGUGUGACGCGAACCGCGAGAAAUUUAGUUAAACAUCUGCCGGACCUAUCGCAAGUUCUACAUAUGCUCGAACCCCCCCCCUCACACCGCAAAUGGCGGUGUGGUCGAUCCCCAAUUACUACAAGAUUGUAAGAAAGGUCCCUGGCGCUUGGACGAUUUCUCCCGCAGCGAGAGCGAUCAUUCCUCCCGGAAACCCUAUCAUACGCCCGAAAAAGAUUUCCCAAGUUCGCCCCGACCGUCGGAAAGCUUGCGAGAGCGAGAGACAAGUUCACUAGAGUGGCGCUGGGACUUGAGGUUGGCUAUUGUCUUGAGCAACGAGGUGCCGAUUAAGUUACCUAGCGAAUUAGACACUCGGUUAUGAUGCCGGCACCGCACUGCACUGUCAAUACAACCGAGUGAUCAACCGCGCAUAAACCCAUCAAACGCUAUCCCUAUACCCCCAAUGGCAAGCACCAUUCUAUUCACCGUCGGCCCCCAGCAGAACCUUAUUCCCAUUCUACCUGUUUCCUGGUCAAGUUAGUAUGCCAGAUUAUAUACAAUCCGAGAAGAAACCCCAAUCAUCACUGUCAUGAGAAUAAAAGCCAUCCCCAGACCGGCGUUCCCAAGGAUGUCCAAAAAUUUCAUGCGCCUCUACCGGAUCAAAAUGGCCUUA